GCGUCGAAUAGUAAAGUUAGUUUGUGUGUGUGUGAAUGCGAAUUUUCGUUUGCAAGCGUGGUUAUACAAUUUGGUGAAUAUUUUACAUUUCAAAACAAUUUCGCUGCAGUGCCAGUUAGUAAAAUCUGGUUUGUGUUUUUAUUUUAUGGAGUUAUAGUCGAUAAAAUUAACAUGCAAUCAGGAAGCGGACCAAAAAAUCCGCCAUGGGCUCGAUCAAACGUGAAUACAAAUAUGACCGGCAUGAAUCCGCAAAUCAUGGAUCCCAAUGCAAUGAUGACGCAACAGGGGAUGAUGCAAUUUCAACAAACACAAGCAGUAUUUAAUCCUAGCAUGAUGCAAGCACAAAGCGGCAUGGCCAUGCCAAUGGCAGGACAAAUGCCGAUGAACCAAAUGGCUCAAGGUCAAAUGUAUCCAGGAAAUGUUGUGGCUUACCCAACGCCGCGAGCUAUGAAUCCCGGAAUGUAUCAAAACACUCAAUCAAGUCAGUCUUCAAACAACACUGACCAGCGCGUAUUUACCGGCACGGUAACAAAAACUCACAAUGAUUUUGGUUUUGUUGAUCACGAUGUUUUUUACCAAACAUCAGUAUGCGCAAAGGGAAUCAUACCUAAGGUUAAUGACAGAGUACUCGUCGAAGCUAAUUAUAACCCUAAUAUGCCUUUCAAAUGGAAUGCAACAAGAGUUCAAGUUCUUCCGAAGACCGGUCCCAACCAAAAGUCCAAUGCUCCAAAGAGUAAUAAUUACAAUGCUGUCCCUCCUCCAGCCAACAAGAAGUCAUUACCAUCACGACGUGAUGAUCGCCCGCCGCGCAGGGAUGACAGGUUCACACAGAAGAGGUCACGUUCAAGGAGUCGCUCGAGGUCUCGCGACCGUCGUGACAGCCGCAGCCGUCGUGACUCUCCUCCACGUAAACGCCCAGUCGUGCAUCAACCUUCACCCAUAAAAUAUGUUGUCCGAGUACCUAGGAUGCCACUUGAUAUAGCAAAGAUGGAUGUGCCUGCUUUGUCACAAAGAUAUACCAAUUUGUAUGUGCCAUCUGAUUUCUUUAAUGCUCAAGUGAAAUGGGGUGAAACAUUCCCACCGCAGACACCGUUCUCCAUCAACAACCCCUGUGCUUAUCAUAUUAUGAACAAAGAAGUGGAAAACCCUCUUCCCAAUGAUGCAGUUCUAGAACCACCUGAUGCAGAUUACAGGUUUUCAGCCAAAGUUAUGUUAAUCAGCAUGCCAACUCUAGAGGCCCUGUAUCAGAAAUGUGGACUUACGAAAGUUGAUGACAAGGACAAGGGACGCUCCAGCUCCAGUAAAAAUCCUUUACAUCCUACCAGACUUAUUAAGUUCCUUGUGGGUCAGAAAGGGAAAGGUGGUGAAAAUUUUGCUAUAGGUGGACCUUGGAGCCCGACUUUGGAUGGUGAAAAUCCUCAGUCCGAUCCAAAAGUUUUGGUGAAGACUGCUAUACGUACUUGCAAAGCUCUAACAGGAGUGGACUUAUCCUCAUGUACACAAUGGUACCGAAUGGUGGAGUUUUACUACUGGCGCGAGGGAAGCGGCGGCAAGUCGCGGCUCGAGUGUGUGGUGUUGUUCCUGCCCGACGUGUGGUCGGCGCAACCGUCGCGUAUCGACUGGACCACAGUACAGGAGCAGUAUAAGGCGGCCUGCGAUGUGGCCAUCCGAAAACUCGACGGCGAUCAACCGGCGUCCAGCAAGCCAGAGCAGCAAGUGGCGGCGCCGGCCGACACUCCGGCGGACAAAUCGCAAAUUGAGAAAGAUCUGGAUAGUAGCACCAUAACUAUAGACGAAAAUGAUGAUGAUGAGGAAAAACCUGAACCAACGCAUUAUUCAAAAAUAGAUCUAAGGUCUAUAAAGGUUGAACAGUUACGACAAGAACUACGUGCUCGCAACGUUAGUUGUAAAGGGCUGAGGGCUCAGCUAGUUUCUCGUCUGUCAAAAAUAUUGAAAACUGAAGAAGCUGAGGACAAGAAAGAUGAUGUGAUGGAGCUAGAGGAUGAUGAACAGGAACAAGAUAAAAAGGCAGAAGCUCAGGAAGAGGAAAAAAUUGAAAUCAAAGAUGAGGAAGAGGAAAAGAAAAGCGAGACGAAAACAGACAAAGAUGAGAAAAAAGAAGAAAAAGUUGAAAAAGAAGAGAAGAAAACUGAGAAGGAAAUAGAAGAAGAAAAGAGAAAGCUGGAGAAGGAAAAGCAGUUGCGUAAGUCUCGCUACGAGAUCCCAACCACCCCACAUAUCUUAGUGCACCCAUCGAAUACGGCGAAGGGAGGGAAAUUCAACUGCAAUGUCGCCACGCUUUCACUUUUGUUGGACUACCGUAUCACUGACAACAAGGAACAUAGCUUUGAGUUAUUCGUGUUUGCCGAGCUUUUCAACGAGAUGCUGAUGCGGGACUUUGGCUUCUAUAUUUACAAGACUCUUUACACAUUACCUGAAAAGGCAGAAGAAGUCAAAGAGAAGAAAGAGGGUGAUGACAAAGCUGAUAAAAAGGUUGAGGAGAAGAAGGAGGAUAAGAAAGAUGAAAAGCGUGAUGAUAAGCGCGAUGACAGGAGAGAUUCACGCAGAAAAGAGAGGAAGGAUAGUCCCAGUGACGAUGAACGCAGUAGUUCGCCCAAGCGUCGCAGUCGUGGAGUGGAAUUGCCACCGGACCCAUACCUAUUACUAUCUCUAGUCUACUUUGACACGUCCCGCGGUGGCAGCAUGACUAAGAAAGAUCUACAGAACUUGUUCAUGAGCCUUGGCCUACAACUGUCGCGCUCACAAAUCAGAGCUGUGCUUGAAAAAGUGUGCGUGAAGGAAAUGUUCAACUACAAAAUUCUUAUCCAAACUAUCAGAGAUGUGGCAUCGGGUUCACCAGAGGCAAUUCAAGAUUUACCAUUAGACAGCACAAUCAUGGGUACUGAAGUGCCUUCUCAUAUUGCAGAAUUAGAAGAAACCAUUGCAGCAGGCAAUCGGAACUUAUUGCCCAUUUUCAACGCAUCAAGUGAUGGUUCCAGUGAACAGUCUAGUGAUACAAAGGAUGUCAGCGAGUCAGGCAUGGUGAUGUACAAGUCUCGGCUGGUGGACGUGGGCGCGCUGGUCCGCGCGGAGGCGCGCAGCGCGGCGGGGCGCGCGCGGCUGGAGGCGGCGCUGGAGAGCACGCGCGCCGCGCUCAAGGCAGCUCGCGCCGCCGCCGCCUCCACGCAGCAGGCCGAGCGAGGCGCACAGACACAGGUCUCCGACCUCAGCGCCAGUCUCGCUGCUGCGAGGGCUAGGAUCGCCUCGCUUACGGCUAGCUCAAAAAUAUUCCAUUCGGCGUUGAAGAGUAUUCAGUCCAAAGUUGAAGCUGUAGUCAAUAUCAAGUACGAAGAUGAUGAUGUUGUAGAAAUUGUUAAUGGACCUGCACAAAAUGCAAAGGACGUGAAAAAGGAAACUUCUAAUGCGAAACAAGAAAAGAACGAGACACCAGCCACUAAUGAAACUGAAAAUGAAACAAAAUCAGAGGAGAAAGUCGAUGCUGAAGAGAACAAAGAUGACGCCGCAACCAAAAGUCAAGAAACUGAAAUAACAGUUGCGGAAAAUAUGGAUCUAGAUGAUAAGGAAUAGUAUAAGUUAUAUGACAAGCCGUACAGUUGAUCUUGGUUUUAAAUAUUUUUAUACGCUGUACUGCAUAUUCUAAACUCAUAGAUAAUGUAUUCAUAAGUCAAAUUAAAAUUAGCGUCUUCUUAUACUGUGUCGGAUUAUACCUAUUAAUUUCGUGAUAUUUUAGACGUAAUAAACUCAAAAUUUAUUUUGAUUGAUUCUUGAACCUUGCAAACCAUUAUGCAAAUAAAUUGUUUACCUUUAGACAGAUUCCAGUCUUCUUCCAAAACUUAUUUUUAGGGAAUAACAGGUACUUAAAUGUUGGCUAUCAUAAACCCUAUUUUCUGAAAGUGCAUUUAUGGUUACGGUAAUUUUGUAUGAGGAGUUUCGAUAUUCCUAAGGUAUACAUAAGUUGUAACUGGCGCCACAUAUUUUCGGCGAAUGUUUUUUGGGGCCUAAAAUGCUAUAAAUAUAACGCACAGUGACAUGGCGGAUCGCAGGUUGAUUACCGACGUAUGAAAUAAAUUGUUAUAAUGACAAAUAAGGUCAUUCGUACACUAGGCAACGCAAGUCUUCGAUACCCGACGAUUUCUAUCUGUCAUUAUGACUAGGCAAUACAAUUUCAUGUAGUUACAUACACACAUACAAGCACGUGUUAUUUUGUUUCAUGUUACACACUAGCAGCUAGUGUGUAACAUGAAAUUAGCUAGUGACUAGCUGAACAGAUAUCGAAGAUUUGCCUUACUUUGUGUUCGAAGGAGUUUAUCAUCUAAACCGUUUGCAAAUCUGAAUGUAAAAAUAUUAGUUUUUUAAAGAUGUAUUGGUAAAAACAAGGAUACCUAGAUCCAACAUUCAGAUUACAGAUAAAUGUACCUAUUGCGUGAUCUUACCAAAAUAUUUGUUUCUUGAUGUGUGACAUUUUAUAAUAUAGUGGAGUAUUAGAUAAAAGGCAUUUUAGUGCUUUUAUUCGAGUAGAUUUAAGUAUUUCUGUCAUGUGCAUUUAAAAAUGCAAUAUAAAAAUUCACAAAUA